CGCAGCUCCGGGCUGGAGAGGGUGUGGCCGGGAGAAUCGCGAGCCCCACAGGGGUCGGUCCGUGACUUCUUGGAAAAGAGCGAGGAACGCACUCUGGGGGCAAACUGGACUCCACAGGCUUCCGACGACAAACCUGGGACGGAGAGUCCGGGAGUCCUGAAAAGACAGGUGAGCGGCGCUAGGGGAAGGACAAGCCAGGGUCCCCAUCCGGACCGCCAUGGCCGUGCACGCCCGUCGUCUGUGCCACAUUGCCUUCCACGUGCCCGCGGGGCAGCCCCUCACCCAGGAUCUGCAGCGUCUCUUCGGAUUCCAGCCCCUGGCGGUGCGGGAAGCAGAAGGCUGGCGGCAGUUGGCCCUGCGCAGCGGCGACGCGGUCUUUUUGGUGAACGAGGGCGCAGGGCCGCGGGAGCCGCUGUACGGCCUGGACCCACGUCAUGCUGUGCCCAGCGCCACCAACCUGUGCUUCGACGUGGCGGACGCGGGCGCCGCCGCCCGGGCGUUGGUCGCGCGGGGCUGCAGCGUGCCGGUGCCCCCGGUUAGCGUGAAGGAUACGCAGGGCACAGCCACCUACGCUGUGGUCAGCUCGCCCGCCGGCAACCUCAGCCUGACACUCCUGGAGCGUGCCGGCUUCCGAGGGCCUUUCCUCCCGGGAUUCCAGCCUAUGGCCUCUGCAGCCAGCCCGGGCUGGGUCAGCCACGUGGACCACCUGACCCUGGCCUGCACCCCUGGCAGCUCCCCCACACUGAUGCGCUGGUUCUACGACUGUCUAGACUUUCGCCACCUGCCACUGAGUCCAGGUGAGGAUCCGGAGAUGGGCCUCGAGGUGACAGCAGGAUCUGGGCGAGGGGGACUGAAGCUCACCGCCCUGCAGACCCCCCCAGGCAGUGCUGUCCCCACCCUCGUGCUGGCUGAGACCCUGCCGGGGGAUUCUAGUGGACAGGACCAGGUGGAGCAGUUCCUGGCCCGGCACAGGGGACCAGGAUUGCAGCACGUGGGGCUCUACACGCCGAACAUCGUAGAAGCCAGUGAGGGGGUAGCAGUGGCUGGGGGCCGGCUCCUGGCUCCUCCUGAGGCAUACUACCAGCAGCCGGGCAAGGAGAGGCAGAUCCUAGCUGCUGGGCAUGAGCCUAGCGUGCUGGCCCGACAGGGGAUCCUGCUGGACGGUGAUGAAGGCAAGUUUCUGCUUCAGGUCUUCACCAAGUCUCUCUUUCCAGAGGACACCUUCUUCCUGGAGCUGAUUCAGAGGCAGGGGGCCACAGGCUUUGGCCAGGGCAACAUCCGGGCCCUGUGGCAGUCGGUGCAGGAGCAAGCCGCCAGGGACCGGGAAGCCUGAGGAAGACUGGGGCUGGGGAGCACCAGCCCAGCUGGAACUGAGAAACACCUGCAGAGGCUUGGGGUGCUUUGUCCCCAGGGGCACCAUCUCUUUGGUGCCUAUGAGAACUUGAUGCUCUCACUGGGGUCCAAAGAGGUGGGAUUUUGUUUUGUUUUGAACUAUGAAAUGUUCUUACGUUGUCUAUAACUAAUAUAUAUGCAAGAUAUAAAGAAUAAAGGGAUUACAUAAUUAGGAAAUAGAACUUCCCAAUACUUUUGAACCAUCUUUGUGACCUUCUCUGAUCCCAUUUCUCUCCACCCUAUCCCCCAAUUUUACUAUUAACCCCUUGAUUUGCUCUGUUAUUUCACUACGUAUGAAACAAUAGAGAAAUAAAUUUAGUAUUUGAAGUAGGAAUUUAAGACAGAACAAAUCCUCCCAUUUCCCCUCUCCCUAGGGAGCAGCCUCUGCAGGUGGGGAGGGGUUGGGUCAGGGCUGAGCCCAACCACCUGCUGUAGGACAAUACCACUGCUCUAGUCAGAGCUGACCAGAGAUCUGGACCAAGGGUGUUGGGUGUUAGCCACAAGCAGGGGCCCUCUGCAGCUGCUUUCUCCCUCUCUCCUGAGGGUUGGGGGAGGACAGAUCACUCUGGACAGAACACCCACCUCCAUUUGCCUGGGGCUGGCUGGGAGCUCAUGCAGUGGGAGUCAGCACCAAGCAGGAUUUUACCAC